AUGCUCCUACCAAGCGCUACCGUGCUCCUGCUGGGCGCCCUGCAGCCGGCCCUGGGCAAGCCUUCCCUCCGCCGCCGCCAGAUGGACGGAAGCAAAAACGAGAUUGGGGCCCAGCGGGUGACGGCCACCGAGAUCGCCAUCGACUACCUUGCCCCCAACCCCCCGUGCGGCGGUUAUACGCCGUGGGUUGGCGUCUGGCCCGCGGACGCCUGCAACCCCUACACGGCGGACUUUGUGGCAUGGGCAUACGCCGAGCGCACCCAGGGCCGGGACAUCCGCACCGUCACCAUCAACCUCGCCGAGCUGGACGCCGGCGAGUACAAGGCCGCCUUUGUCUGCGAGGACGGCAAGAGGAAGCCCUGGCUGGUGUCCCAGACCUUCAAGCUCGAGGACGAGCCCCCCGCCAAGAAGAAGCAGGGCGAGCAGUGCGUCAAGUCGGAUGACUGUGAGGGUGGGUUCUUCUGCCAACACCAGUGCGGCGGUGCCAUGGAGGAAUACGGUCCCGGCUCGGUCGAGUGCCUUAUUGCAGGGAAUCCCACCUGCAAACCCCGGCCCAAGAAGGAGGGCGAGGGCUGUUCUAAGCAUGGUGACUGCGCCGGGGGACUGUACUGCGCACACCAGUGCGGAGGCAGAGUUGACGACUAUAGGCCAGCCCUGUGUCUCAUUGGAGGCGGGCCAAGGUGCGCAAAGGAAAGACAGUGGUAG